AGGGGGCUGUUUGGAUGGAUCUGGGGGACCUAGGUCCUACUGGGCUUCCGGAAAUUGAGGAUGCAGGGUCUCCUGCGGUCCCUACAGUUAGAUGAGCUCACUUUCCCGGAGUUCACUGUUUUAGGUAGGGUUUUGGAGUCUGGACGUUGGAGGUGUCCAGGUGUACCUGCAGUGGUCCAGAGCCCGGAACUCCCAGUCACUGGCUGGGGCUGGGCGUUCAUCUCAGCGGGGCUUAGGCACCUAGAGGAUAUUCUAAGUGGACUGGGGUCUCGGGGUCCCUUGGGAUCUCUGCGGACGGUCCCCCGGCUCCACCCCAUCAUGUGGCCGCCCCGACUCCGCCUCCGCCCCAGUUCCUGUUUCGGCCUCGGCAGUCCUGCUUCAGCCCCUAGGGCUCCACGCAGACGCCUGCUCUUCAUUCUCCGCCCGGGCCACGUCUUCCUGGGCGCUCGCCUUCCGCAUCCCCGCUCGUCCCGCCGGGGGAUGGGGCCUUCCCCCGGCCUGGGCCGGCCCUGCUGGGGUCCCCGAGGCGACUCGGCCCCGCCUUGAUGGACUGACCCGCCUGGUGCUGCGGCCCCAGGAUGAAGGGCGGCGAGGGGGACCCGGGCGAACAGGCCCCGCUGAACCCGGAGGCCGAGAGCCCCGCGGGCUCGGCCACCUACCGGGAGUUCGUGCACCGCGGCUACUUGGACCUGAUGGGGGCCAGUCAGCACUCGCUGCGGGCGCUCAGCUGGCGCCGCCUCUACCUCAGCCGGGCCAAGCUGAAAGCUUCCAGCCGCACGUCUGCCCUGCUCUCGGGCUUCGCCAUGGUGGCCAUGGUAGAGGUACAGCUGGAGAGCAACCACGAAUACCCGCCGGGCCUGCUGGUGGCCUUCAGUGCCUGCACCACCGUGCUGGUGGCUGUGCACCUCUUUGCACUCAUGGUCUCCACCUGUCUGCUGCCUCACAUUGAAGCCGUCAGCAACAUCCACAACCUCAACUCUGUCCACCAGUCUCCACACCAGCGACUCCACCGCUACGUGGAGCUGGCCUGGGGCUUCUCCACUGCCUUGGGCACCUUCCUCUUCCUCGCUGAAGUUGUCCUGGUUGGCUGGGUCAAGUUUGUGCCCAUCGGGGCCCCCUUGGGCACACCAGGCUCUGUGGUACCUGCUUCCCAGGUGCCUGAGACUCUGCCACCAGUGGCCACCUCCCUUAGUCCAGCUUCCAAGCCAUCCUCUACUUCUGCAGCCCCGUCACAGGCUGAGCCACCUGAGGCCUGCCCACCUCGGCAAGCAUGUGGCGGUGGUGGGGCCCAUGGACCAGGCUGGCAAGCAGCCAUGGCCUCCACGGCAAUCAUGGUACCUGUUGGGCUUGUGUUCAUGGCCUUUGCCCUGCAUUUCUACCGCUCCUUGGUGGCUCACAAGACCGACCGCCACAAGCAAGAGCUAGAGGAGCUGAGUCGCCUGCAGGGGGAGCUGCAGGCUGUGUGAGGCCGGUGUUAGCCACAGCUGCGAGCACCGCCUCCCUCAGGGGUCAGCCAGAGGCCCCAGGUCUACGGACCCCAUCCCCCGCC